AUGAUCAGUUUGAGAUCAGAUUCACCAAGUAUCAGUAUUUUUGUUUUCUUUUUUUUUUUGCCACCAAAGAUGUUUAGAACCUGUGUUAGAAUCCCUAGAGUUAGAGUAGUACCUCGCCGUCAGUUUGCCAUUACUCCACGUUUGAGAUUUUUUGAUAAAGGUCCUACUCCAGAAGAACAAGCUCAAGCAAUCGCCAAAGUUCGUAAAGUUUUAGAUGAAAAUCCAGAAUUAUACAACUUAAUGGUUGAAUUUAAAGAAUUACUUGAAAAGAAAGGAUUCGCCACUGGAGAAAAACCAUCAACUAUGCAAAUGAUUAAAUUAUUAUCCGAUAGAGAUAUUAGAGAACACGGUUCUAGAUUCAAGAAAUUCUUAGAGACCAAUGACACUGGUUUGACUCAACAAGAAAUUGCUACAGUCAGUGGUGCAUUUAUGUUUGGUAACCAAGAAGUUAAAUAG